AUGACCAUCGCAUCGCAACCGUACAUGACGACCUACUACUGCUAUUCCAACCAAAUUAGGAUACUCUCGAAGGUCACCAGGCCGUAUUGCACGCUGCGGGUCGGUCCGUCCGUCUUCAACACUCCGUUCGACUCCGCUCAUCCCUCUCCCGUCCAUCCGCCGUCGCGCCCUAGCCAGUCCCGUCACGUACACUCCAAGCAGCGUCCGCACAUGUCGCCGGGUGCGACAGCUCUCACCAUGACGCACCUUCCCUCCGCCGCGACCGCCGCCGCCAUUCCCGGCGACUGCUACUAUGGUGGGUCCUGGGGGGAACCGACGGGAGGGCGCGACUCAGCGUGGAGCCGCGGGCAUGCCAAGUGCGACGGCAAUGGCGGAGCGAGUCUUGGUGCUAUCGACGGUCACAACAACGGCAACGGCGGCGGCAACGGCAAUGGCACGAGGGUUUUUAGUCCACCGGACACUGAUCGCCAUGGGGAAGGCAGCGGAGACGGCGCCGCCGGCAGCGGCGUCACGAAUGCUACAGCUGUCGCGAUGACGGUUCCAUCGACGGCUGUCGACGCAUGGGGAUCGUCCCCGCGAUCGGCGAUCCGAUCGUGCAACGCGAGCGCGGCGCCGCGAUGGAUGGACCCGCGCGGCGGCGUGGCCGUUGCGGCACCGGAUUUUACGGUGACGACGGAGGCGGCGGCGACGGCGGAGGUUGCGGACGAGGACGACGAGUGGUUGAGCAUGGACGUCGCGAGGGAGUGGGAGGGCACGGUUGCUGCGGAAGCCAAACAGCGGAAAACGCGCGAGCGCGAGACGAGCAGCACAGGCUGCUACGGGCCGUCCUCGGAGCGCGCGAGCGGGUCGAAGCGCCGGGCCUGCGCGGAUCUCGCUGGCGACGCGCCAGUGACGCUUGGGACCCUUGCGACGGCGGUGCUGUCGCCCGCGAUUACUGCUGGAGAUGCUGCGACGAUUGCGAGCGACAAUGUCUCUGGAGGCGGGUCGGAUUGGCGAGAGGACACCGCGCCGUGCGUCCGCGCGGACGCGUGGGACGGGGGAAACCACGCGGAGGCGAUCCCCGCGGCGGGAGAAGCGGGCUGCGCGUCAGGGGUGGGCGGAAGCCAUGGGGGAGCCAGACGGCGAGGGGAGGCGCAAACGGGAAGCCAGGGGGGAAGCCAUGUUCCGCCAUACGCGGGCGGGGAGGAUGCGCGGGAGGAGAGGAAGCAGAGGCGCAUGGUGAGCAACCGGGAGUCUGCGCGACGGUCAAGGCUACGGAAGCAAACGCACGUGGAUGCGAUGAAGCUCAAGGCGAGCAGGCUGAAAGGCCACAACGCGGACAUGGCGGCGCGCCUCACAACAGCCUCGGAAAAUCUCAACCAGAUCACGCGGGAGAAUCGCCUGCUGCGAUCGCAAGCCACUGACCUCUCGCGCCGCCUGCAGAGGCUACAGCCCUGCCAAGCCAUGGACUAG